AUGGCCAAGCAAUUGACCACAAUCCAUAACACAGAUCUUCCCCGCUGGCAGGUCUCAAUGGAGACCGCUGAUGCCCACUGGGCUCACACUCCACGGACGGGUAACCUCUGGUCCCGAUUCGUGAAGAUGGUGGAGCAGGAGGGCAAAGAGGUGAAUCCUCACCUGAACAAGGGGCCUGGUAUUAGGUGCUCUAUGGACAGGAGAUACUACAUCCCCGACCUUAACGUGUGGACUUGGCUCCAUGAUAACUGUCUGCAUGCGGACGUUAAAGGCUGGCAAAAAGGCAAUGCUGCUGCCUUUUAUGAGAUUGCGAUGAAUCUCUUUCGAACUAAGCUCAAAUUCAACAAGUUUAUCGACAAGCAUCAGCUCAGUUGCGCCAGCGUUCCUCAUUGGUCUAUGACCACUCGCUUCCACAAAGCCGUCUCCCUCAAUGCGGAUGGUGUACGUGUUUGGAGCCCCAUCGGGGUUGCCAAAGAGUUCAUCACUAGUGGGCUCGAUGAAUUGAAAAUCGACGUCCUGGUUGGUUACUUCGGUCAUAGGCGACAGAAGGCAGAACUCGGUCGCGCGUACCGCAACAACAUUCUCGACGAGAAUGGUGUGCGCGCGCUCAGUCUUGUAGACCAACAUGACAAGUCACGGUGGACAGAAGUCUUCCAGUCCGCAAUAGUUCCCCCUCCUGCGGAGGGCCUUCCACCAUUGGGUCUCGAACCCGAAGGCUUGAAAUGGUCUGACAACCAUACUGUUCCUGCUGCUGGUCCCUCUCAUAUGGACACAGCCAUCGAGGAUGAAACCCUCCUCGACUAUGGUGACAGCGACGGCUAUGACCGUGCUUGUUACUACACCAGCAGCGGUACCAAUUCCCAAGGGAACGACUGUGAGGCCCCCCUCCCUCCUCCUCCCAUCCCAUCCCAUCCCAUCCCAUCCACUCCCCCUAUCCCCGUCACUCCAAGCAUACCCCCCGCUUCCCGUGCUUACCAAACCCGCAGGAACGGAUCCUCCUACUCGCACAACUUUGACGGCUCGACGCACUACGAUUUCGGCCGUGGGUACGAGAGGAGCACUUCCUCCGAUGGGCAGGUGGCGGAGUUCUUCUUCAGCGGCGGGGGAAAGGGGGCAAGUAGUAGUGACUAG